AUGGCAAACCACAAAGUAAUCUCGGUGAUAAUAGCUCUUUUCUUCACCAAUUAUUCCUUAUUCAAGUCCUCCAAUGCAGCUGCAAUCGCCAUUUCUUGGGGUGACAAUUACUACGAAGACAGCCUGAAAUCCACAUGUGCCACUGGAAAUUUCAAGUAUAUUAGCAUAAAUCUUCAUGCUCACUGCAACCCUAACAUUAGAUACAACUGCCGAAGCAUUGGCAUUGAGAUCAAAGCUUGCCAAAGCCUAGGCGUCAAAGUCUUCCUCUCCCUCGGAAGCCGCUACUUUCUCUCCGCUCGGAACGACGAUCCGAGACAAUUCGCUUCCUACCUCCUCCAUACCUACCUCUCAGGCAACGCGCCGGUGAGCUCACGCCCGUUCGGAGAUGCCAUCUUGGACGGAAUCGAUUUCGACAGCCCAUAUGGGUCGUCAUGGUAUUGGGGUGUCGUUGCCAGAUCGCUCAAGGAUGCCGAUGAUGACAUCUUUCUUACCGCAUCUCCAAGUUGCCAAUACCCUGACUAUACGCUAGGUCCCGUCAUAGAUGCAGGGCUGUUCAAUUCGAUUUCAGUGAAAUUCUUUGAUAAUCCUCGAUGCCAAUACGACGGUUAUUACGGUGCGGGUGCACAGAAUAUGUUGAACAGUUGGUCGAUAUGGAAGGAGAGUAAUACCAAAGAAGUGUUUAUAGGACUACCUGCGGCGCCAGAAGCUACAAGGAGAGGAGGAUAUAUUCCUCCCAAUGUGCUUGUUGAUGAUGUUCUUCCAUAUACUAAAUUUACUCCAAAUUAUGGAGGAAUUAUGCUAUGGAGUAGGUAUUAUGAUAUGACGAGUGGAUAUAGCAAUGCCAUUGCAGGGUUAGUGAUUAAUGGCACCUCCAUUAUUGCUACCUCUUAGCAAAUUUAUGUAAUGAAGAACAAGAAGUUGGGAUCUGUUUAAUGUAUGGAUCUAAGGAAAUAAAAGUUACUUUAUGUUAA